UUAUGGCUGUCAAACCCAGUGGCGAUUAGACAAAGCGGUCCUGUUUAAUGUAAAGAUUCGGGGAGAUGAUUUGCACCAUGUCCGCCGCAGCUGUCGCGGUAUGGCUUGGUACGGUUUGCACUGUGCAUGCCUAUGACACGAAACACAGCGCUUUACACGGGAGAAAUGUCCGUGUGGAGCAAUCCGUGGCCUUGAAGCAGAGAGCAGCCGUGUCCAGAGACGUGGUCACCAUCCUGUCGAGGUCGCACGCAGACCGUAAUGUCUACCCGUCUGCAGGCGUGUUGUUCGUCCACGUUCUGGAGAGGGAGUAUUUCAAAGGAGAGUUUCCUCCUUACCCAAAAUCAGGUGACCCCAGCAACGAUCCGAUCACUUUCAACACCAACCUGAAGGGCUACCCCGACAGGCCGGGUUGGCUACGAUAUAUUCAAAGGACCCCACAUAGUGAUGGAGUGCUCUAUGGUUCUCCCACUGCAGAGCACAUUGGCAAGCCCACUGUCAUAGAGAUUACUGCCUAUAACAGGCGCACUUUUGAGACAGCGCGGCACAACUUGGUCAUAAACAUCAAGGCUGCAGAAGAGUUCCCCCUGCCUUACCAAGCAGAGUUCUACAUCAAAAAUAUGAAUGUGGAGGAGGUGCUGGCCAGUGAGGUGCUGGGAGACUUCCUGGGAGCGGUGAAGAACGUUUGGCAGCCCGAGCGGCUGAAUGCCAUCAACAUUACAUCGGCACUGGACCGCGGUGGCCGGGUGCCGCUACCUAUUAACAACUUAAAAGAAGGCGUCUAUGUGAUGGUCGGUGCUGAUGUUCCCUUCUCGUCGUGCCUGCGGGAGGUGGAAAGCCCACAUAACCAGCUGCGCUGCAGUCAGGAGAUGGAGCCCGUCAUCAGCUGUGACAAGAAGUUCCGAGCUCAGUUUCAAAUCGACUGGUGUAAGAUUUCUCUGGUUGACAUCAACAAAGUAGUCCCAGUUUACGUUACACGUCCCGAACCCGGAACAGGGAUCCUGCCCGAAUUCGGGGAGUACAAACCCCCGUCUGAGUCUCUGAAAAGCCGGGACUACUUUUCCGACUUCCUCAUCACGUUGGCUGUUCCCUCCGCCGUGGCGCUAGUUCUCUUCUUCAUCCUUGGCUACACUAUGUGCUGCAGGCGGGAAGGGGUGGAAAAAAGAAACAUGCAAACACCAGACAUCCAGCUGGUUCACCACAGCUCCAUCCAGAAGUCCACCAAGGAACUGAGGAGCAUGUCAAAGAACAGGGAAAUCUCCUGGCCGCUCUCUACGCUGCCCGUCUUCAACCCAGUCAGCGGCGAGGUGGUUCCACCCAUCCACCCCGACAACUACGAGACCACCAGCAUGCCGCUGAUGCAGACACAGGCGAAUCUGCAAAACCAGAUUACGAUACCACAGCAGCGGCCAUCAGGAGAUAACUAUGUCAUGUCAACAUUUCGAAGGCUGGAGGUAAAUGGUAUUCCUGAGGAGAGAAAGGUGGCUGAAGCUCUGAAUUUAUGACCAGAAGCACCAGUGUUGCAGCUGCCCCUCUUCCUUUGUCCUAAAAUUUGUGCCAACCUGCAUGUGUUAGCAGUGAAAAUUUUAUCGUCCACUUGCGCACUUGCACCUUGACUUGUGAGUGUGAAAAAGACCCGAAGAGCUUAGCCGAUUAUAAAGAUAACUUAGACUAUUUUGGAAUAUCCGUUUAAAUGUUUAAAGUGUGAUUAAUAUGUUUGUAUGUCAUACUGCUUUGCCCAGCGGACCUCUCGGGGCGUAAGGGUGUUUUAUAUUGAAAUGCUUUCGUCGCCAUGUGUUAGAACAUUUGUUCAAUGUGUCACAUGAUAAUAAACUCUUUCAAAAUAACUUUCUGUCCCAGUGGAAAACAAGAAAAAACA